AUGGCAGAUGCUCCAACACAUUUCUUCAAGUUCAUCCGUCCACCAUUCAAUCUUAACCUUUCGAUUCCAAGAGCUUUUUUACCCAACUUGAAAGGUGGAAGAUGCUCGAAAGCAAUAUUAAGACGAGGGGGUCACAAAUGGCCGGUGGACAUUGUCGACGGUGUCUUUUCCGGUGACGGUUGGAGGAAGUGUGUGAUGGAAAAUGGAGUCCAAGAGUUUGACUUUAUGGUGUUCAAACAUCAAGGAAACAUGAUGUUUGACUUUUUGGUGUUUGACCCAUCUGCAUGUGAAAAACAGUAUCCAAAUCCAUCAGACGAAAUGGACGUUAAAGACCACCUCACAGAAUCAGAAUCUGAAAAGGAAGAAGCAAAACAUGAACUUGGUGACGAUCGGUGUUUCGUAUCUAAAAUCACACCUUAUUAUAUCAAAUCUUCAAAACUGAGUGUUCCAUUGAAAUUUGCAAGGUCGAACGGGUUGAUUACUAAAAGGAUACAUAGACAAGUAAUUGUAAGGGAUGAAAGACGAAGAACAUGGCCAGCAACACUCAGUUACAAUGAAAAGCAAAUUCGUAUACUAGUUUGUCGUGAAUUCAAAGUAAAAAAUCACUUGAAAGUCGGAGAUACUUGUAUGUUUGUGCUCGUUAAACGUGGAGAAGUGUUUGUUUUCGAUUUCCGAAAAAUAGGAAAGAAGCCGGUCAAGAAUUAUACUCGAGUAAACGAGACUAAUUCGAUCAUAAAGAAGGCCACUCGGUCGACUUCUAACGAUCAUCCUUACUUUACUUCAACUCUCAAGCCUUACACCUUCAGAAAGUCGAUCCUGUAUCUUCCGAUUGACUUUGUGAGAUCAAAUGGUUUGAACAUCGGAAAAAUGAUUCUUAGAGACGAAAAAAGUCGAUCAUGGGAGGUUGUGCUGAGAGAAAUGGGCGGGAGAAAAUUUUAUCUUGGAAUCGGUUUCAGGGCUCUUGUUGUUGCCAAUGGAUUGAAGGAAGGAGACGUUUUCAAGUUUGAGCUCAUUGAAAACAAGAAGAACAAGCCUCCCGUCGUCAACUUUUCUUGCAACGGGAAUUCUCGCAUGCCAAAGGAAGGAGAAGAUGAUCACGCAAGGCCAUACUUCAUUAGCAAAUUGAAAUCCUAUUGCUUACGAAAGACGGCGCCGUUUCUGCAUCUACCGAUUGAGUUUGCGAAGAAGAAUGGCUUAUUAUGUAGCGGAGAAAUGAUUCUUAGAAACGGCGAAGAUGAAAGAUUGUGCAUUGUCGAGUUAAAGAAUCAUAAGAACAAAUACAUUUAUAUAGGACGAGGAUGGAAGGAUUUUUGUGUUGCGAAUGGAUUGAAGGAAGGAGAUUGUUUCAAAUUUGAGAUUGUCGACAAUAUUGACGAAAAGUUGGUCGUGAAUUUUUACGUUUUAAAAAAUCCAUGA